ACCUAUUUUCCCAAACAAGACCGUGCAACCACAAGCCCGUACGGCCAACAUAAGAAAAAAAAAAGGUCUUUGAAAGUGUCUGAUUUUAUUUUUCCGAGGGACUGUCUCUUUAAAUGACGCCAAAAGGGGAGAGAGAGAGAGAGAGAGAGCGACGCGGAAGUUUGAUGAAAAAACUUUUCAACCUGUUCAAAUUUUAUGUGUGUUUAUUUAUUUAUUUUUAUUAUUGGAAACGGUCGGCGGACAACAAAACGCAUCACCGCUGGCCUGGAAAACUAGCCGUACAAACUGUAUUGCAAUACAAACAGAGAAACAAACAUGCCGUCCUUUUCAGAAUGGAGCAAUAGCAUUCAGUAUUAUUACUUGUUAAAAUUCACCUUGAAUGUGUACUCCAUGCUGUUUUCGUUGCUGGGGCUGCUGGUCCUGUGUGUGGGGAUCUACGCGGAGGUGGAGAGGCAGAAGAACAAGACCAUGGAGGGGCUGUUCCUGGCCCCCGCUGUGCUGCUCAUCCUGCUCGGUCUGGCCAUGUUCAGCGUGUCUCUGGUGGGCAUGCUGGGCUCUCUGCGGGACAACAGGACGCUGCUGCACAUCUUUUUCUGUGUCCUGAGUGUGUUGCUGGCGUUGCAGACCAUCGCUGUGAUCAUCGCUCUGCUCUUUGAGAACAACACUAGCUCCGUGUUUCAGAGCAGUAUUCGCGAAGGGAUUAAGCAUUACUACGACGACCUGGACUUCAAGAACAUCUUGGACUUUGUACAGGAAAAGUUCUCGUGCUGUGGAGGGGAUGAGUACCGCGAUUGGGCGGUGAAUCAGUACCACUCCUGCAACGGGACGGGCCCGCGGGCCUGUGGAGUCCCCUACACCUGCUGCCCCAGGAGAAAGGUGGAGGGAGUGGUGAACACACUGUGCGGAUACAAGACCCUUGAUAAAGAGCGUCUGGAGCUUGGUGAUGUCAUCUACGUGCGUGGCUGCAUCCACGCGGUGUACCUGUGGUUCGGGGAUAACAUCGGCGCCACCAUCGGACUGUGCUGUGCCCUGUUCCUGCCGCAGCUCUUCGGUAUCAUCUUGACCUGUCUGUUCUGGACCAAGCUGAAGGAACUGAGUCUGUACAGGACAGACCAGGUGGAUUUCAAAGCCCUGCGGCAGGCUGGGUUCCAGUACAGUGAGCUCGACCUGUCUGGGGCAGGGUGGUGCCUCUGCCUGCCGCGGGACGGAGGGUACUUGCCCGUCCCAGAAUCCGAACUUGAUCUCUGGUCUCCGGAACCUGAAAACCCGGACGAGCCUCUGAUCGAAAUCGUGCCGGGCCCCCGAACCUCACCGGACCUCUCCAGAACCGGGUCAAAGCAAAACCUCGGACUGGAUGAAGUGGACUUCAGGGUGUAGCGAGCCCAGGGCUCAGUGCUGUGCCUCUACUGCUGUAAGGGAGUGGCUGUUUCUUGGACUCGAGGUUCCUGUAAGCUUGCUUCGAGUCUUCAGUGCAGGUUCAGGUACAUUUAAGCCUUAAGCUGAGGGAACAUGAAACCACUUUUUCAGGGUUAGGAUUAGGGUUAGUGUUCCUAACCAGGAGACCGGGAGACCUAGUUUGAGGUUGCUGUAUCAAACCCCAAGUCUCCCUGCCUGGUGUGCCGUGCAGUGGCCUGAAACCUAGUCUCGUGAAAGACAAGUUCCAAGCCAUUGGCUUCGUGUUCCCUCAACUUCAGAAAUACUGUGAGUAUCUUAAUACUUGGACAUUUUUUUUUUAAUUUAUUGUCAAAAAGGGACUGAUUAGUGCGAAUGAGAGAUUUUUAGCAGAGCGGAUCUUGCUAUUCAGGUUUGUUGUUUGUCUAGGGUUGGGUUCACGAACGAGGGACUGAAAAGCGACCUUUCAUUUAAAUUGACCAACAUUCUAGAAUUUCCGAUUUGCUCCGUUGCGAUUGGUUUAGCAGAUCCAGUAACUUCAGGUAAGAGAUUAGUGCUAAUCAGGGUUUGUGAAACCAAACGUUCUAGUGAUGUUUUUUUUAAUACAUGUGUUUGUACUUUUGGGGUUGGGAGGGGGGUAAGAAUGGAUCUUUUUGGAGAAUUUGUUUCGAUGUUGCAGCCACUAUGUAUGCAUUUGUUUAUGUUGUUAAAAUAAGAUAUUUAAUUUCAAAAUAAUACUGUAUUGUUAAUAUUUUUUGUAUGCUAGGACUAGAAGAAAACGAUUGAUGUAAUCAUUUUAAUGAUUAGCAGCACUAAUUUGAAUCUGUGUUUUUUAUUUUUACCUGACCUGUAAAUGAUAAUGUUAUUUAUAUUUUUAUAGGUGAAUAAUUUCAAAUAUGGUUUUGAAAUGUGUAAAUAUAGGUUUUUUGUCUUAUUUUUGAAUGGUAAAAUACUGUACUGGGCAAAACGAAAUACUGCUUCCAAAACUAUUUCAAUUCUAAGGUACAAAAUCCUAAGGACCUGCUCCUGGUAAGUACAGUACACCCUCGCUGUAACGAACCGGUCAGGGUCCAAGCCUUUUGUUAGUUUAUAUCGAGGGGUUCGUUAUAGCGAAAGGACAAUCAGAAUGAACGAUAAACUGUUGGAGUAAGUUAAUGAGAUUGUGAAUACAAGUAGAAUUGCAUGUACCUGUUUGUUUCAUGCAUGCAGUAUUCUGCCUUUGCUUUAUCCUAUUCGCUAAAGAAUUAAAACGCAGCACAAAAAUCCUGAAUUGAAGAUGAACGUUUAUUCAAAAUCAGUCUGACACGAAUCGUUUCAGAAAGCACCAAAUCUCAUUCCACAGGAAUCCCAAACUGAGCUUUUAUUCCUAAUCAACUCGACAUGAAAAGUUUUUAUUUUUUUAUUUUUUUUUUCUCUAAUCAAUUUUGCUUUGCCGCAUGGUUGACGAACAAGCCAAAAAAACAGAGUGUCUUUUAACAACCUGUAUUCACGACAGAGAUAUGCCUGCGUUACUCUUUUUUUUUUUUUCAAAACGACCAGUAUAGUUUCCAGCUUUGUUGCAACAUAAAAUGAUUUUCGUUUCAGCUUCACAGCUCGCUUUUUACGAAGACAAAAGAGUUGACUUCACUGCGGAGGUGGCAUCUAGUGCGUAUGGACUGGGAUGUUGACAGCGUGUGUUUAUAUUCUCUUUUUUCGUUUUUUUUAUUUGGUCCAGGGUCCAGGUUCGUUAUAGCCGAAGGUUCGUUAUAAUGAAGGGUGUUGUAGCGAAGGUGUACUGUAUGUCUACUUGGCUUGGGCCAAGAACAUUGUCAAAGCUAUGCACCCCAAAUCGACCCCCCAAAAACACUAAAAAACCAUGCACCACUCACAAGCCCCUAAAUGAAAUGUGUUGUUUAUUUGUGGUUUGCUAAUUUUAUUGGGAGCGUUUUUUUUUUUUUUUUUUACUGCUGCACGAACUGAUUAUUCAAGCUCUCCGCAGGUGAGGGUCUCUGGUGUUGAUCGGACUGAUUUACCCGUUCAGAGUGAAUUAAGAAACAGCUGCUUGGGUUUGUGUGGAUCGCUGUUCUCCACAGUGUCUUAAGAAAAGCAGCGAUCAUCUCAAACCCAAGCAGCUGUUUCUUAAUUCACUCUGAACGGGGAAUCCGCCCCGAUCGACACCAGCGACCCUGCCCUGAGGAGAGCUGGAUCCGAAUCAUGGAAUGAUCGGUUUGUGCAUCUCAAGUUGUUUUGGAGUAAGUGUCUUUGAAAAUGCAGCCCUUAGUUUUGCUCUAAAUCCACACCGCUUCCACUAGCUGUUGAAUCCACACUCUGGUCUGCACAGUUUUAACUUGUGUGUUUCUGAAAGAGGCUGUUUGUGUGAAUUAAAUAGGGUUUGAUGUUCGGAAAGCAGACCUCAGGCCCUCCCGGUACUUGAAAAGCUGUGCUGUGCCGCAGGGUGUCUUGUGUGGUAUUGCAGGCUCCCUGCAUUCACUGCUCAAAACCCUCAUUGCAUUUCACACAAAAAAUAAACUGAACUGAAAUCGGGCUUUGCGUCUCUUUGUUUUGUUGUUGGGUAUUAUUUUACUGUUGCAGCCAGCCCUUAGAAAAGUUUGCCAGGAUAUUUGUGGACUUUUACAAUGCUUUCCACAUGGUUAUACAAUGCAUUUACCAUAGUUUCCCAUGCUUUCACUGUGCUUUAUUACACUUUGCUGUGCUUUUACCAUCAGGAACUUUUUAUAAAGGUGUGUUUUUUAAUAUGC